AUGGGCGACUCCGGAGAAGACGGCCACCGCCAAGUCCAAUCUGGCACGCCCGCAUGGCAAGAGGCCCCCCCAACAGCCCCAGAGGCCGAGAACAAGCCGAGCGCUGUGGCGGAGGACAACUCGCGCGCGGCGUCGUUGGAGCGGGCGAGGAAGUUCCUCCAGGACGACGCAGUGCAGAGCACAAGCACAGAACGCAAGGCCGAGUUCCUGAGGACAAAAGGGAUCCCCGAGGGCGAUAUCGACGAGCUAUUGAAGGAUGAUGUACAGAAAGAGCACGCCGACGCGCAAAGCCAGCCGCAGAACACGGAACCACACGAGCGCCGACCAGAAACUACAGAACCGCACACGCUGGAGAAGGACGACCGGCCGCCCAUCAUCACGUACCCCGAGUUCCUGACCAAGCCGGCUCGACCGCCACCGCUCGUGACGGUCAACGGGUUUCUCAACACUCUGUACGCGUUCGGCGGCGUGUCGACGCUCGUGUACGGCAUGAGCAAGUACGUGGUAAAGCCCAUGGUAGACUCGCUCACCGAGGCGCGCAUCUCGUUCCACGACACGGUGCAGCAGGACCUGGCUAAGCUGAUCGAGAAGCUCGAGGGCACCGUGUCUGAGAUCCCGGCCGCCGCCACCAAGACGAAACUCGACGCACUAUCAUCUCACGCAGGAAUUCACACAGGCGCAGGCGGCAGCGACGUUGGCGACGCCGCGAGCAGCUGCGGCGACCCGACUGAGCUGUUCCACCGCGACAUUGGCGUGCAGACGUCGCUGCCGGCGAGCCCGGUGCGCGCGCGGAGCCCGGAGCCGCGGCAGCCCGAGCAGGCGAGCGCGCGGCAGGCGCGGCGGCUGACCGAGCUGGCGGCGUCGGUCAAGGUGGUCAGCAGCGGCUUGGUCGCGCAGACCGAGUCGUACGGCGACGUCAAGGCGGCCAUGGGCGCGCUCAACGACGACAUAAACAAGCUCGCCUCGGCCCAGACUGACUACGGCAGCGGUUUUUCGGCCUACGGCAACAGCGCGCACUCAAACGAGCCUGAUGACGAGAUCAAAAAGGCCAGGGACAACAUUAGGAGAGUCAAGGGCGUUUUGCUCAGCACCCGCACCUUUCCCGCCUCGCCGAGGUAG